AUGAAUCGAAGUUGGAUUCAAGCACGACGCAUAAUUGACGAGUAUCAAGAAGGGGUUGAAGAUUUCAUCAACUUUGCGCAACAACAUGCACCAGUGUUGGGUGGAAAUUAUUUCUGUCCAUGUGUGAACUGUGUCAAUGGAAGGCAUCAUUCAUUAGAGGUCAUUAGAUCACAUCUAAUUUGUGAUGGCUUUAGCCGGAGUUAUACAAAUUGGAUAUGGCACGGUGAACAACCAAAAAUGUUAACAGCCGCCGACACUGAACCGGUACAUGUACAAACUGAAGAUCGAAUGGAAGACAUGAUAUGUGAUCUUGGGCACGAGUCUUUUUUGCAAGCUCAGACACCCUAUUAUGAACAAUUAAAAAUAGAUUCGAAGCUCCCAUUGUACCUAGGGUACACAACCUUCACUCAGUUAUCUGCGGUUUUAGCUUUGGUCAACUUGAAGGCCAGAUUUGGGUGGAGUGAUAAAAGUAUGACUGAGUUGUUUGUCUUAUUGAAGAGUAUGCUUCCUAGUGAUAACAAGUUACCCAAAAGUCACUACGAGGCAAAGAAGAUAUUAUGUCCGGUGGGUAUGGAGUACCAGAAAAUUCACGCUUGUCGUAAUGAUUGUGUGUUGUACAGAAACGAGUAUGCCGAAUUGCAAAAUUGCCCAACAUGUGGGGAAUCACGAUACAAACUGAAUGAUGGGGAAAACCCUUAUGAUGUACCCACAAACAACCCUCGUCCAGCAAAGUGGAAGACAAUUGAUCACUUGUAUCCUGAAUUUGGAGCGAAACCAAGAAACCUUCGACUAGGUCUUGCAUCGGACGGCAUGAAUCCUUUUGGUAACUUGACAACUACUCACAGUUCAUGGCCUAUGUUGUUAAUGAUUUACAAUCUUCCUCCUUCUUUAUGCAUGAAGCGCAAAUACAUUAUGUUGGCUAUGAUGAUAGCAGGUCCUAGACAGCCAGGAAACGAUCUUGAUGUCUACCUGCAGCCGUUGAUUGAAGACUUGCGUAAGUUGUGGGUAAAUGUGGUUGAUGUGUAUGAUGCGGAUAAUGGUCAGACGUUUAGGUUGCGUGUCAUGAUAUUUUGUACCGUUAAUGACUUUCCAGCUUACGAUGAGUGUGAAGGUGCACCGGAACCGUUAGCUGGACAUGAAGUGUAUGAUCGGGUGAAAGACAUCGUCACUAUUUUUGGUAAGACACAAAGGAAGGAUCAUGCUGACAAGAACAUUUGGAAGAAAAGGUCAGUAUUCUUUGAUCUUCCUUAUUGGAGCAAGCUACAUGUUCGACACUGUCUCAACGUAAUGCAUGUGGAGAAGAAUGUUUGUGACAGUUUAAUAGGCACCCUUCUUAACAUCAAAGGCAAGACAAAAGAUAGUCUGAAAUGUCGUCAGGAUUUGGUGGAGAUGGGUAUACGAUAG